AUGGAUCAACAACCACCACCACCUCCAUCGCAUAGUACAAGCCCCCACUCACAGCAGCACCAGAUGAAAGUGAAAGUGUAUUACUCUUUCCGAGGUGGAUCAACUACAAGAUUAGCUGCCUUUUACUUGUCAACAGCCGACAAGGUGUCUAAUGGCUUUGUGCCUGUACCUCUUAAACGUUGCCUUUGGUCCAUCUUCAGCUCAAGUCCCGACAUGAUCUGCCAGGAACAUGAUUUAUCGGUGUAUACAGCCAAUUUCCAAGAAACUUGCACCGCAUUGAAUGAUAAGCAGCAAGGUCUCAUUUGGGAAGGCCAAGGAUUAUUAUCAUGGAUCAUUGAUGGUCCUGACAGUAGCCCCUCUGCCGGAGAUAAGACAAUACAAGGCAAACAUGUGGAUGCCAAGGUUCAUGGUGGUGAUGAUCACAUUCAAGUCCACAUUGAAUUACAACCUACAUUCAAGUGGGGCAAGGAUGAAUUUUACAAUGCUCUCAGAAACCAAGAUUUUGACUGUUUCAGAAAUGCACCCCGAUCACCACGACCAUUGUCGGCGUGCAGCUGUGGCAUCAAUGCCACAUUGCAGCAACGACAACAACAACAGCCACGUCCUGCAUCGGCUGCCAUGCUACAUUUUAACAACUCUCCAUCAUCGCGUGAUUCUACAUUAUUAUCAACCGACAGCUCCUCAUCCUCUCCUUUUCGCCCUCGAUCCUCUUUUGAUGCUGACCAUUUCAACCAAAAACGUGAUCUGUCAUCAUCACCAUCACCACCUGCACCCAUUCUCCCACCUCCCAACACCAACAAUAUCACAUCGAGCACCCAACUUUUCCGACCAGAGCCUAUUUUCCCUGGCAACGAUAUUAGCAGACCCUUUAAACGCUCACGGAUGUUGUCUCCACCACCUCCCAUUAUGCAACAGCAUGAGGAAACAAAUGACCCAUAUCGUAGACGCGUUGCAACUGCUGAUGGCGCUUUUCCAGAUAGAUCAGGGGUUGCUGGUGCAUAUUACACAACUUCACAACAACAACAUGGUUCUCCUCAUUAUCGCUCAAGUGAUCCUGUUACACCCCCACCAGGUAUUGCUGCAACCACAGCCGUCAGCAUUCAUCAUGAUCCUAUCAUGACACAUCAACAUCCAGAACGACGAUCAGCAUUUACACGUACCAAUACAACAGCCAUUGUUAAAAAGGAAGCCAUGGACGUGGCACAAGGUCCAUAUCAUCACCAACAUUAUCCUCCUACUGCUGCUCCUACUACUUCUUCCAUACCUGUCAUUUACACACCGAGCAACAAGAAGCGUAAAAAGAACCAUGAUGGUGAUCAUUUACGCAACAAUGCCAAGAACCCUCCUUCUAUGACCCAACAAGUUAGCACAGCUGUACGCACCUACUAUGAUGUGGAGCGUGAUGCCAAUGGCAACUAUGCUUUACCCGUUGAAAUUGAUUCAUGGACAGUGGUAGACCUCGGUACUAUCGUAUACGAUCGCCCUGCUUACCAUAAUCAACGAUACAUUUACCCUGUCAACUACACCGUACGCAAGUGGUAUCGCAGCAUGGUGGAUGCCAAGAGUGAUACGCAAUACACAUGUCGCAUUUUGGACAACGGAAGUGAGCCAAAGUUUGAAGUCACUGCUGAUGAUUGCCCAGUUACCUAUUCAGGGCCAACACCGACCACCGUAUGGACCAUCAUUGUCAGACGUGCAUUUGCCAUCCGCAACCAGGAAUAUGGACACAACCCUGUUGGGCCUGACUUUUUUGGUUUACGUAAAAACACCAUUGCAAAGAUGAUCCAAGACUUGCCCAAUGCUGAAAAAUGCUCACAAUACGUAUGGCAAACAUUUGAACCCGCACGCUUCAACAAGCCUGGUCGCAAUCGACGCCGUACCGAUCCAAUGGCCUUGUUGGGUGGUGUCAACUAUAGCUUGACAAGUACUCGUAGCUUGUUUCCGCAUGCACAUCAUGCUGUAGGGGACUAUCCACGUGAUCCUCAGCCUCCACCAGAGCCAUCACCACAUACAGGUGUAUCCAUGCGUUUGCAUCUUGAACAACAACGAAGGGAUAAACAACAAAGAGAAGCAGCAUUAGCCUUAUCACCGCCACAACAACAACAACAUCCAUCUACAUCCCCACCUUCACCUUCAUCACCCUUGUCAUCACCACCAGAAAGUCGUCCAACAACAACGGCAAAUGCUGCUCCUCUUUUACCAUCGCCAACAUCACUUAUCAAUUAUCACACCCCUUCAACAUCUAGCACUUCAGCCAUCAAGACCGCAUAA